GAACUUACAACUGAAUUUUGAGAUGAAAUAAAGAUAUAACUACAAGGAUUGUGAACAUGGCUACAGCAGCGCCAACAGACAACCGAGUGUAUCUUUACCGUCUACUAACACUUAACAUAGAUCAUGGCACUACAAUCGUUAGAAACUUAAUUGACGACAGAUGCUCAAAUACUACACUGUCGACCAUUUUGGCCCAGGAGAGAAGAGCUAUAACCAACUUAAGGGCAAACAGAACAAUAACGAAGGUCCAGUUUGAUUUAUUGUAUCCACAAAGUGGCAUCACUCCUACAACGGCGGACUUCGAUCUUACUCUUGCUCUGUGCCUGCUAAGGACCCUGAAACAUUUUGGUUUAAAUCCCAAGUAUACUUGGAAUGUUACCCCUCAGCCAGGAGAUACUUCACUUGAAGCAGAUUUAUGUCGCUUGCGAAUGUAUCGUAAUGAACUGGCACAUAUUUCCUCGACAUCAGGCAUACAGAAGCAAGAAUUUAAUGAUAAGUGGAAAGACAUCGAAGGGGUUCUUCACAGACUUAAUUGUUUAGUUCAAACUCCUGUUACAAAUCUACAACAAAUCAUUGACGACUGCAAAAAUGGACCUCUUGAUCCCGAAGCGGAGAAGAAAAUAGAACACCAAAUAGAGAAGAUGCAAAAAAUGGAAGAGAAACUAGAAAUUGAGGUGAAAGCUUUGACAAAAAAUGUUCACAAAAUAGAAACUGAUGUCCACGAAGCAAAAAGAGAUGUCCACACUGCAACAGAAGAUGUUCAAAAGAUAAGAGACGAAGUUCAUAAAGUAAAAGAAAAUGUUCACAUAAUAACAGUAGAUGUUCACAAAAUAGUAGACGAUGUUCACGAAGUAAAGGGAGAUGUUCACACGGUAACAGAAGCUGUUCACGAAGUAAAGGGAGAUGUUCACACGGUAACAGAAGCUGUUCACGAAGUAAAGGGAGAUGUUCACACGGUAACAGAAGCUGUUCACGAAGUAAAGGGAGAUGUUCACACGGUAACAGAAGCUGUUCACGAAGUAAAGGGAGAUGUUCACACGGUAACAGAAAUUGUUCACGAAGUAAAAGAUGAUAUUUGCACAGUAACCGACGAAGUUCGAAAACUCAGGGAAGAUUCUAGAACUACAAACGAAAGGAUAAAUGAGCUGGAAUUGAAAAGCAAAUCUGAAGAUGGUACGGGAACAAAACCUGAGGUACAAGCGGAGGAUGCUUACAUUCGACGCAAAGAAGACAAACUUUAUAUGCCUCCUCCAUAA